AUGUAUUUUGCCCGUUGCUGUUCGAAGGGAGCCUACAAAACAGCCACUCUCUUCUCGUUCCUUGAGAUUUAUACGAUUAUCUAUACCGUUCACGUUUUACAUUUUUGUAUCUAUCUAUCUAUCUAUCUAUCUAUCUAUCUAUCUAUCUAUCUAUCUAUCUAUCUAUCGCAGUUUUUUUCAUCUCUAUCUAUCUAUCUAUCUAUCUAUCUCAUUUGCCUCAUAUCUAUCAAUCUAUCUAUCUAUUUGUCUGUCUGUUGUUUUAUUUUUUGUAUAUUCAUUACGUAUACAUUUCUUUCUUACAUUUCAUUUUUGCUUUUGUCUGUAUCAUUUGCUGUUUUUUUUUUCUGUUACCCAAUAUCAACUUCUUUCUUAUCUUGCUUUCGGCUUUCUUCCUUACCAGAUUUGAUUGUUUGCUUGAUUCUUUCCUUCUUAUAUCAUUAUUUUUGUUACCUACUCUUUCUUUCUUUCAUUCUUUCUUAUAACAUUGUUUUUAGCGUACAUAAUCACCUUUCUUUCUUUCUUUCUUUCUUUCUUUCUUUCUUUCUUUCUUCUGACAUUGUUUUAAAAGCCUCUAUAAUCUCUUCUUUCUUUCUUUCUUUCUUUCUUUCUUUCUUUCUUUCUUUCUGUUAUCUAUUUUCUUUCUUUCAUUCUUUUUUACUUUAUUUCAUUCAUUCACUGAUUAUUCUUUCAUUCAUUCAUUCAUUCUAUCUUUCUUUCUUUUAUUUAUUCAAUCAUUUAUUCAUUCAAUCAUUUAUUCUUUCUGUAUUUCAUUCAUUCAAGUAUUCUUUCUUCUUUCUUUUUUCUUUCAUUCACUCAUUGAUUGAUGCUUUCAUUUUUCAUUCAUUCAUUCAAUCAUUCUUUCAUCCAUUCAAUCAUUCUUUCUUUCAUUCAUUCAUACAUUCUUUCUUUCUUCCUGUCUUUCAUAAAAUCUUUUUUCUUUCAUUCAUUUAUCCUUUCGUUCUUUCAUUCAUUCUUUAUUUAUUUCAUUUAUUUAAUCAUCAUUUCCUUCCUUCUUUCUUUAUUUCUUUCUUACAUUUUUCUUUCUUUCUAUCUUUCUUUCUUUUUCAUUCUUUCUUUUUUGCCAUUUUUUAA